AUGAGAACCAUUGAGGAGACCAGAAAGAGAUGGGCGAUACUGUUCAAUAGCGACGCUCCCUCCGAUUUUCGAGCUGCGCUCCGAGCGGAGCAGGGAGGGAAGCUGUGCAACGAUGGGCUGAGGUCGAUCUGCUGGAAGGUGUUUUUACUCCUAGAGGGUCUCGAUCGCGAACAAUGGUCCAAGAAAUUAGACGAGUCGCGUGACGCAUACAGCGCACUCCGCGCCCACUUUUUGAAAUAUAUUGAACACCCAGACGAUCUAGAGUCAAGUGCUGAUCCGCUGGCGGACGAUGAAGAGUCUCCUUGGCAAACACUUCGCCAGGAUGAGAAACUUCGAGUGGAGAUUUUACAAGACGUUGACCGAUGCUUGCAAGAAAAUUACUUUUUUCAAGAGCCAGCAACCAAGUCAAAACUGACUGAUGUUCUAUUUAUUUACUCGAAACUCAAUCCUGAUGUGGGCUACCGGCAAGGCAUGCAUGAGCUCCUAGCUCCGAUUCUUUGGGUGAUCGACCGAGAUGCUAUCACCCCGCCUUCAGAAAGUUCUGCAAGCACUGCUGGAGCUGACGAUGACAGUUUAAUGUUGGGCCUUCUUGAUGAGCAGUUCAUUGAGCAUGACUCGUUCACGCUGUUUCUCUGUGUAAUGCAGACGGCUCGUACAUACUAUGAGCAUGGCGAGACCCGGUCUUCCGACGGUCAAGUGGAUGUCAUUCCAAUUGUCAGCAGGUGUGAUUAUCUUCACAAAGAAGCUCUGGGAACUAUAGACCAUGAGUUAGCAGAUCAUCUACAAGCGAUAGAAGUGCUACCUCAAAUUUUCUUAACCCGUUGGAUGCGUUUACUCUUUGGACGUGAAUUCCCAUUUGACGAUGUGCUGAUGAUGUGGGAUGUUUUGUUCGCCAAUGGCCUAAGAUCUGAUCUUGUGGACUUUACCUGCAUUGCAAUGCUGCUUCGAAUUCGCUGGGAUCUGCUCAACGCAGAUUACACAGGUGCAUUGUCAUUGUUACUGCGCUACCCCUCUCCGGAACCACACGAACCUCGGACUUUCAUUUAUGAUGCACUGUAUCUUGAGCAGAAUCCCACUGCGGAACGAGGCAGUUUCAUUAUUUCGAAAUAUUCAGGCAAAGAGCCAGAGUCGUCGAAGCGCCACAGUCAAUCCCGUCUACGGCCUGCGCGACGAGCACAUCUGUGGGAUGAUUUUACAACUAGAAGUGGUGGUAAAUCUUCUACACAAUCACCAACCAGAAACAGCCCAAAGAGCCUCGAGUCGCUGUUUCAAGACGUAUCUCAGGGGAUCCAACGACGCACUGAGUCUUGGGGUGUGGCCAAAGCUGUCCGAGGGGCUGUCACCGAAGCCAGAAAGAACAUGCAGACAAUGAACUAUGAGCCGGGGCUGCGGGCACACAGCACAGACCGACAACCGACCGCUACGAUGUCGCCGAGAAUCCCUAAGAUACCAACAGCCACUGAGCUAGGCCUGAAAGCACACAUCGGCCGCCUGGAAGAGAGAAAUCAAGAAUUGGCGAAUGCUUUGGGCGACGCAUUAAAGGACCUUUAUUUACAGCUAGCCACCGUCAAGGAUCUUGAUUCAAAUGCACAUGGUGCCCUGAAACAGACCUUGAACAGGGCAGUGUCGGUACAAAGCUGUCUUCAAGACCCUUCGCUCCCAUUGCCAAUCUUGACUCCAGAUUUGACACCAGUCGAGGAAGCCGAUGAGAAGAAUGAAGCAGAACGAUCACCUAUUCCACCGCCCAAGGACCCCAAACCCACAGAGAGUGAAACAGAUGCGACCGCUAGCGACCAGCAAAAUACAGUUAACGACCAUGUGGACAAUCUCCAGUCUAACGCCAAGGACGAUCCCCCAGAACCAGGGAACGGCGCAGGAGAAACGAAUGCUGGCGGCCCGCCCGAAGCAAGGCGGGAGGCACAGCGGCUGAAUCUGCGACCCUCCCUGUCCGAUGCAGGGUUCUCGUGGAUGCUAGAAGGCAGCCGAAACCUCUCCGGUUUCGUGAGCUCGGCAUCGGUGCCCCCGGAACAGACUCGACAUCAGGAGUCACCCCGAACGAAAGGCAGUCCCUUGUUCGGAAACAACGGGGAGGAGAAGCCAGGCUCCGAUGCCGAACACGACGAAUUGGCCUUGCGUAGUCUCCGAGGUCCGCUCUAA